AUGGAUCACUUAGGGGCUCACCACCUCCACCAGAGCCACGCCGAGCCCAUCAGCUUCGGGAUCGACCAGAUCCUCAACAACCCGGACCAAGGGAGCUGCAUGAUCUCCAACGCGCGGCUGCAAGAGGCGGCGGCGGAGUACGGCUUGGCGGGAUGCGGCGGCCCUUACAACCCCAUGGCUGCCCACUACGGCUCGGGCAACGGGGCAGGCAACACCGGCUCCUCGUCCUCCUCCUCUUCCUCCUCCUCGGCGUACCCCCAGCCCGGCGGGCCUUGCAGCAUGGCGGCCUCUCUGCCGGGCUCCUACAACAUGAACCUGGGGGUCGGGGCCAUGAACGGGGCGGGGGCGGGAGCGGGCGGGGGCGUCAUCCGGGUCCCGGCCCACCGGCCCCUCGCGGGCGGCGUCCACCCCCAGGCCCUGGCCACCGCCAUGCCCACCGUGCCCUCCGUCAACAACCUCACCGGGCUGACCUUCCCCUGGAUGGAGAGCAACCGGCGCUACACCAAGGACCGCUUCACAGGUCACCCCUACCAGAACCGGACGCCGCCCAAGAAGAAGAAGCCCCGCACCUCCUUCACCCGCCUCCAGAUCUGCGAGCUGGAGAAGCGCUUCCACCGGCAGAAGUACCUGGCCUCCGCCGAGAGGGCCGCCUUGGCCAAGGCCCUGAAGAUGACCGACGCCCAGGUCAAGACCUGGUUCCAGAACAGGAGGACCAAGUGGAGGCGACAGACUGCAGAGGAGAGGGAAGCUGAGAGGCAGCAAGCCAAUCGCAUCCUCAUGCAGCUUCAGCAAGAGGCCUUUCAAAAAACCAUCAACCAGCCCAUCCAAGCAGACCCCAUCUGUGUUCACAACUCCUCCCUCUUUGCCCUCCAGAACCUCCAGCCAUGGUCAGAUGACUCUUCUAAGAUCACCAGCGUUACGUCUGUAGCAUCGGCCUGUGAGUGA